UGUAAAAACACAGACAGGCCUGAAAAUAUUCAAUACCAGCAAUGAAGAAUCUUGUAUAGUCUGAUUGCCAAGUAGACAGUCCCUGUUGACCUGCUGCUAUGGAUUCAUUCAACUAUGAAGACGACAUCAGUAUUUUAACACAAGAUGGGCAGCAGGAUGAUACAGAGUGGGCUGAUGCAUCUAAUACAGACCUGACAGUUGAGGAAUACUCCGCAUCCCACUACGCACUCAUCACAGCCUACAAUGAUAUCAAACAGCGAUUGAUCAGCAUGGAGAGAGAUAACUCCACCUUGAAGAGGAAGCUCAGACAAUACGAUCUCAAGUUUUCCUUGUCAAAUGAGCUUGUGGAUGAUAAGAAAUUGCCCCAGUCCUUGCUUGACAUUACUUUGCUGCGAAAUGAGAACACUCGGCUGAGGGAGCAGCUGGAGCACUUCAGAAACCAGCUUCGAGACUGUAAAGAAAGGGAGGAUCACCUGGAUGAGGUCAUUAAAGCUUAUGAGAAAAUACGUUCUGAGAAAGAUGACCUACAUCAGCAAUUGGAAGAAAUGACAGUGCUGGCUGAAGAUCACGUCUCCACGAUUCAGAGCUUGGAACAAGCUCUGAGGCUGAGGGACAGCUCAGUUCAGAUACUCAACGAGCAGCUCCAGGCCAAAAAUGAGCAAAUUAUCCAGCUGAGCCCAACACACAGAAGUCCUUACGGGUUGGAAAGUCCCAGACACCAGCAGAACUGCAGGAUGCUCGAUCCCCAGAUCGAUGAGCUGGAAGUUCAGAGGUUGCAGGAGAAGGUGGCUGAACUCCAGAGGAAGCUGCACAGUUGCCAGUGGCGGGAGAGACAGUACAAAGAGGAGUGCGACCGCUUACAGUCUCAGCUGAGCCAGCAGAGUCUACAGGAGAGUUGUGCUCAGGAGCCAAGCCAUGACGCCCAUGACAUGGAGUGGAUAAAGAACACAGAAGAAGAACAGGAAAGCCUGGUUCUGGCAUACACUGAGCUGGCCCAAGAACUCUGCCAGUUACGAACUCUGACCGAGGCUCAGACUGAGAUCCUGAGGAGGCUGUCUGAGGAACAACUGACUAAUAAUGCCCAUCCCCAACCCUCUGGCCACGUGAGACAAGUUGCAUACUCCAGCUACCCCAGGAGCACAAGCCACCGUCUCCGGACCAGCUUUCAAGGGCGUCGCAGCUACUCUGAAGUCAGCGAUGUUAAGGUGGAGAGCCACACAAUGCCAUCUCGACUGCCAGUAGAUGAUCUGUCCUCGCCAACGCACAGGCACUACCUUACUAACGAUUACCUGAAGGUGCCUGACAGUCCUGACGUUGGCCCGUUCGAACGGCAGAUAGAGUCCGAAGAUGAGGAUUGGAUGAACCAUAGUCCUCCUGGCACUUUGGACAGGGGAAUGAGGAGCACUUCCUCGUGCACAGCACUCCCACUCCCAGACUCUACCAUGAAUAGGAGUUCGACCGAGUAUCCCAGAUCGGAACAUGCCCAGUCAUGGCCUUCCAUCAAUCUUUGGAUGGAAACGGGAGACUCGGACAUCAGGAGCUGCCCGCUGUGCCAGUUAGCCUUUCCCCUCAACUACCCAGAUGAUGCCCUCAUAAAACACAUUGAUACUCAUUUGGAAAACAGCAAGAUCUGAUAACACUGCUUCUCACUGAGCCAUGGAAGGAUUGAAGAAAAUGAAGAAGCAAAAGAUUGUCUUGAAAAACUGAUACAAGACAGCAAAUAUUGCAGAACAAAAAAGGAAUCAAAUUUUCCACUUGAUAACCUAAUUUUUCUUUCUGUUGGGGUUGGAGGGAGAUGAUCAUGAGUCUUGAAUGAACCUUGAAAAGAAAUAGAAACGCUAAUUUGAGGGCUGCUCCAAAUUUGAAGAAGAAAGAUAAAAAUUAUUGAUCAGUUGCUGUCAAACAUGACAAAUGAUACGUCUUCCAGUGAAAUCAGUUUACUUCCAAAAGCAGAAUACUUGAAGCUUGGUCAAUGUGAACUUGGAGAUACUGAAAUUAGUAGCAGGAGAAUGAAAUUGUCCCAUUGCAUAAUAAAAAGGGUAAACUGAAGGGUUAGGUCUGAGUGUUAAAUUUGGAAGCCUAUUGCUCAAUGGAGAAGAUUGAAUUGGUGUAGUUCAUUAUUGGAACAGGUUUCCCAUGAUACCUGUACAGCUGGUUUCUAGUUAUUGUGGUUUAACAAAAUUAUUGUUCGGGAAUGGGGAGUUGCAGAACAUUUCAUAGAUUGACAUUGAGAAAAUGCAGUCCAUAACUUGAAGGACAAGUGCAUCAAUAUCACAAAUUGUCCUCCCCCACUGAUUCCAGGUUGGAAAUUCUAUUUAUGGUAUUGAGCACCUUGUUGAACCACAGUAGGAAAUAAAACGAAUUUAACUUAAUAUUGGCUAUACACAUGAUUCAAAGUUGUGUAACAUUUGUCACAUGCAUGUCUCUUAUUCAUGUUUCUUGACAUCUGACUCCAUACACAGAAGCUGUUACAGACCAAUGUGGCUCUCUGCUCCUAUGAUGCUGCUUGGCCUGCUGUGUUCAUCCAGCCCUGCACCUUGUUGUCACAGACCAUUGUGGAUUCAGUCUCUGUCUGUAAGAGAAUAAAAGAAAUAUUUGCAUUUA